UCUGCAGACAGAAUAUGGCUGACCUGUCAGAAGACCAAUGAGGGAAAGGCCAAAUUUUGCAUAAUCGAUCUUAUUUUUUUCUUUUUUUCUGACCGCAAUUGACCCUAGUAGGCAGCAUUUGACCAGAAGUGUUCAAGAUGAGUGCGUUGCCAGAGGGAAUGGCAAAUGGGCCGAGCCGGCGUGAACACUUGGAGAAUAAUGCUCAUAUAUGGGAGAGACCCUGGAGUGUUGAAGAGAUAAGACAGCACAGUGCCAACUGGUCUUUGGCUGCUGACUCAGGGCUCUUCCUCUUCCUCCAAGACUUCUCCCAGCGAAUGUUGUCAAAGACGCAUGACAUUGAAAAACAGCUAGACAGUCUAAUACGUGACACCAAGGCCACGGACAGCCGCUUGCAUUCCGUCUUCAACGACUUUCUCAUGCUCUCCAAUACACAGUUUAUAGAAAAUAGAGUGUAUGAUGAGGAAGUAGAAGAGACUAUUCCCAAGGCUGAUCCACCAGAAAAGUUGCCUGAGCAGGAGAAGACUCGAGAGCAGAAAGAAGCAGAAUUGAUUCCUAAGAUGCAGGAAGCAGUAAACUAUGGUCUCCAAGUGCUGGAGUCGGCCUUUGAGCAUCUGGACAUCAAAGCAGGGAACUCUGACUCUGAAGAUGAGGAGGUCACAGACAGAGUAGACGCCAUUUUGGAGCCCAAGGAUCUUUAUGUGGACAGACCACUCCCAUAUCUGAUUGGUUCUCAAGCUUUCAUGGAACAGGAUGAUGUUGGACUUGGUGACUUGUCAAGUGAUGAAAUGUCAGUUGACAGUGACAGGGACAGUGUGAUUGAGAGUGAAGAUGGCAAAGAGGCAGUUCAUUCAGAUGAAGACUUUGAUCAGGAGGAGGAUGAACAUCACAAUAUUAAAAAGAAAGCAUCCAUGAUAAGUUAUGAAGAGGAUGAAGAGGAGGAGGAUGAAGAUUCCGAUAUAUUUGGAGACUCUGACAAGGAUGAUGAUGAUGAAGAUGAUGAUGACUCAAAAGAUACAGGCCCUUCAUCAUUUGCUGAUGAGCUUGCUGCUCGUAUCAAAGGAGAAACUUUUAAGAGACCAGAAGGAGAUCGUGCAUCAUUAACAUCUAAGAAGAAGAGUAAAGUCAGAAAAGAAUCAAAACCUACAAAGUCACAUGCAGCUGAAGAAGACGGCGAUGAUAUGUUUAAGCCACCAAGGAUGAAUGAUGAUGAUGAUGACUUCUCCCCAUUCGGAGGGAAAAGUGGCCUCUUCAGUGGAGGGAAAGGUCUCUUUGAUGAUGAUGAUGAGGGUGAUCUUUUCUCUGAUGCACCAAAGCCUGUGUCAGAAGAGAAAAGAGCUUCGGAUGAAAGCAUAAGAAGCACAGCUCAAACUGCAGAAUCUAUCAAGAAGAUUCCAGCAGGUGCUGUCUCAAUUUUCCCAGACAACAGCCGCUUCACUUCGAGACAUGACUCUGAUUCUGAGGAGAGUAAAGAGAAUGGCACUUCAGCUGUUAAGACCAAUGCCAUCCCCAAACUGGCUCCCACAGGAGCUGGGCUGUUUGAUGAUGAGGAUGAAGACGAUGACUUUUUCAGUGGUAAAAGCUUGAAAAAGUCUGACUCUGCUGUACAGGAGAAACCCAAAGCCAAAAAAGCUAUUGACCUUUUUGACGAUGAAGAUGAAGAGGAUGGUGAUAUAUUCAAUGACAAAUACAGUGCACCACCUCCAACCCAGAGCAAGCAGGAGGUUGUGAAGGAGAAGGUUAACUCCGCUGAGAAAAAGAUCCUCCCAGGAGCUGUUUCCAUGUUUGGUCCUGGAACUAAAAGUUUACUCACUGAGGGCCUGAAAAGGCAACAGCCAUCAACUAGCGAAGAGUCUGAGAAAUCCGAACAGAAUGGGACUGCUGCUGAUGAUGGGAAAGAUUCUUUUGUGCAAGCGCAAACACCUCCGACCAGAGGCCUCUUCUCUGAUGAUGAAGACGCACAGAUAUUUCCAACAAUCACUAAGAGCCAGUCUAAGCCCGAACCUACUAGCAAGGUCCCUUCAUCAUUAUUUGAUUAUGAGGAAGAGGAGGAUCUGUUUGCAUCUGCAGCUAAGUCUAAACCAAAAACGGACCGAGCUAAAGCCUCCACGCCCCAGCCAACCAAGCCAAGCAGCUCACUCUUCAGUGAUGAUGAGGAUGAAUGGAUUACUUCAAAAGGUAGCACAACAAAACCAGAGUCCAAGACAGGGGGGAUGAAAACUAGUGCCAGUGCCCCGUCCAAUCUCCCCAACACCAAAGUAUCUCAGAAGAGCAGCUUGUUUGAUGAUGAGGAGGAUGUUCUGUUUGUUCCAACAAAAGAAUCAAGCCAGAAGAAGCCCCAGAGGGUAGCUCUCCUGUUUGAAGAUGAGGGUAAUGAUGAAGAAAAAGGAUCGCUGUUUGGCACCAAACCCACUGUCAACACAAACACUGAAGCUCCAGCUAAAACAGCUGUUACCUCUCAAACAACUGCGCCGUCGGAGGAGAUUGCAGUUUCUACAACAGCAGCAAAAGACAAGCCACCAAAGCCGUCCGAAAAACCAUCUGAGGCAAUGUUGCCAUCACAGGAGAGCACUGAAAAUAAAAAGAAGCCUGCUGGAGCAGUCAGUCUCUUUGGUGGCAUUAAUGUCCUCGCCAAUAAACAGACAAAGAGCCCACUGGAUGAGGUAGACUCUGAUGACAUCUUCCUCUCUAAGGACACCUCACCACCAAACGUUAACAGGGAGGAAAAGAAGGAAGACAAGGGAAAAGCAGUUACCGUUAGUCUGUUUGAUGAGGAGGAGGAAGACGAAUCAGAUUGGAAAGAUCCAAUAUUCACACCCAGUAAACCCACAGCAACAGAGCCCACAGAGGAGCAACCGCAGGCAAAGAGCACAGGUGUAUUCCAGGAUGAAGAGUUGCUGUUCAGUCGGACUCAGCAGAAGGACAAUGACCCAGAUGUUGACCUCUUUGCCACUUCAGGGAAAGAUGCAACUUCCAAACUUGGCUCAGUGAAGCCAGCAGCAGAGAGUCUGUUUGCAGACGAGGAUGAGGAUGAGGAUGACCUCUUCAACUCAAGCAAGCCAAAAACCCCUCCGAAAGUAGCAGAGAAACCCAGCAAACCUAAUGACAAAGCACCACUUGCAAGUCCAGAACCUCUAUCUGAGAUUCAGAAACCUGCACCAAGCCCUCUAAAACCUAAAGAUCCCUCUUCAAGGAUUGGGAAACUUCAAGCCAGUCUGUUGAUCAACCCGGCUGCAUUGCUCCCUGGUUCUCUAUCCAGCCCGUCAGGGGCUCCCAGUUCCUCCUCUGGGGUAUCUAGCUCCAGCCUGAGCCCAAGUCCUGCCACUACUCCUCUUGGAGCUCAUGCAGACAGUGAAGUCGCAGUGAGCUUUGAUACACCGGUCCAAAUCACAACGCUGCAGAGCACGAACAAGGGUCGUGUCAAAGGUUCUCUCCUUCGAAGACCACAGUCCAGAGCAGCAAGGCAACAACAAGCCCAACAAUCUACUGAACAUAAAGAUGAAAAACUAGGUGGAGAUGUUCCUGUGCCAACCCCCAGUGUGUCUGCUUCAUUCUUACCCCCACUGAACAAGCCCAGUCAUACACAGAUCUUUCCAACAUUGCCUAACUCAGACGCACCUCCUAGACCCACCACUCCCACACCCUCCCAACCUGCACCCUCUCCGAUUCCCCCCAGACCCUCUGAACUGACACUCCCUGUAUCAACAAACACUGGAAAUAAAGACAUAAGCAAGGAUAUUGGGACUUCAAAGGUGUUGCCACCCUCUGACGAAGAUGACCUUUUCGGCUCUGAUAGUCUGUUUGGAGCAAACUCGGUCACUAACAAACCCUCCAUCAGAGAAACUACAAAAACAACUCUUCCUCAGGCCUCUAGCCAGGUGGCAGUAAAGAAAGACAAAGAUAAAAGCACAUUCCCAUCCAUUUUUGAUGACAACAUUGAUGACUUAUUCCACAAUGUUAAGCCAAGGACAACCACUAAAGCACCUAAGGCCUCAUCCUUUUUGGAAGAUGAUGAUAAUGACGAUGAUAUAUUUGGCCUGAGUAACAGUUCCACUCCUUCAUCCACAAGUAGUAGAGAAAUCAAGAGCAGCAUGAGCUUUUCAAAGCAAGACAUCUUUCAGGACGAGGCAGCUAUUGUGGUUAAAGCGGCAAAGAAGGACAAGGAGAAGACCAUUGAUGCCAGCUUGUUCGACGAUGAUGUCGACAUUUUUGCUGACCUGACUGACACUUCAAAACCAAAACAGAAGUCCAAGACAAAGGGAGAGAUCAAGUCAAUAUUUGAUGAUGACAUGGAUGACAUUUUCUCAACAAGCACAGUAAAACCAGUGCCCAAGGCUCCUCAUAAAUCAAAGAAAAUGCCACCAUCCCAGGAGACCAGUGCAGCAGCAGAUUCAAGCAACAUAUUUGAUGACCCACUUAAUGCUCUGGGUGGAAAUUGAUGUUUUGGCUUGGCUAGAUUUGUACAGUUGUGAAUUCAUCCUUUUGCUGUUGAGAGUUUGUUGGAAGAUUUCAGAUGACUGUUGAUAGAGUAUUUAUUGAUAGAAAAAUUCUCAAUACUGUGGCUUAUUUUUGGGAGAUAGUCAAAUGAAUAGUAUUCCAGUCAUUUUCAAAAUUCUGCCAUCAUGGUUACUAUAAAUUGUUAGUCUUUAUAAUACAUAAUAGCACUUUAUAAGCAUAACUAUAUGCUUAGCCUCGAGGCCUGCAGAAUUAAACGGUAAUUUUUUUUUUUUUUUGGAAGUUCUUUGGCUUUGCCUUGUGAGAUUUCUUGCUUUGGUUAUGUGCCAUAUCAUCUUUAUGAGAUAUCAGCGUGUUUACUUACUACCGUAAUCAUUUUGACAAAGUUUUUAUUGAGAUUUUCAUCCAUUUCUUAACUUUGGUUGUGAUGACAAAGACAUUUUUUUUUUAAUAACUAAAAAGAUGCAUAUUUUAUCUGAAA